AUGAGUUAUAAUAACAUUGAUAUUGAUGAAGCAGAUGUGCUCGUCUAUUUCCAGAAUCUGGAAAAGGUUAACAGACUUACUUCGGAUAUAAAUAAGUCUUUGCGUAACAUUGCAUUCACUUCCAAUGAAUCUAGUAAAUUGUUCACGCCUAUUGUUACAAGAAAUAAUCUACUUUCCGUAAUGCAAAAGAAUAUAGAGAGUACUUUAAAUGCAGUGUCUUCUGUUAAAGAAUUAGCUACUGAAGCUUCAAGAUAUGAAGUCAUUUUAAUAAAGAGUAUUCAUGAAGUUGGAUUGAAACCUUACAUCCAGGCUAUAUAUAAAUUGGAUGAUAUGCUGGAGUAUAUCAAAUCUAAUAAUGAAGCAAAUGAACAAAAUGCUGAGUUCAAGGGUGUUUUAACACAUUUGAAAGAGUUAAUUGUGAAGAGUGAUGAUAAAUUGAAGUAUUAUUUUAUUGCAGUUUUAAAUUCAAUGAAACCGUUUGAUCCACAAAUUAAUAUGAAUAAAAAAAUUCCUUUCCCUUAUUUUGCUGAUGAAUUUAUUAAUGAACUUUCGACAAUUUUAGAUUAUUUUGAAAAUAUGUCAACAAAUUCAAAUAUUCAUGAACUAUUUAUUAAGGAAAGGACGGGAUUGAUCUUGAAAAGUAUGGCAUAUUUAGAACCAUUCACUAAACAAGUAACAAAAAGUUCUAAUGCUCCAUACGAAAAGGGGAGUAGUGGGUUACUAAGUUAUACAGAUGCCUUACUUGGGUUCAUCUCAAAUGAACAAUCGUUAAUCGACGAUUUGUACGGACAAAAAAAUGACUAUAAAUCUUUUGUAAUAGGAGAUAUCAUAAGGCCGUUGUUAGAUGCCUAUGUACGUAUAUUUAACAAUAAUAUGGAACUAGUUAAAAGUAACUUAGAAAAUGCAGGCUUAUUCAGUUUUGAAAUGAUUGAUAGUAUAAAUGAAGUUGAAAGAGCGUUGAGAAGUAAUGUGUUACACGAUUAUGAACCUUUAGGAGAAUGUUUAAAGAAAAUUAGUAAAAUUACACAAUCAUUAUUCAAGAAUGUUGUAGUUAGAAUAGAAACUAAAGCUGAUCAAAUGUCCAUCAUACCUGCUGAUAAUGGUGUAACUGAGGUAACUGUCGACACUAUGUCUAGAUUAAGAAGAUUUAGUGAAUAUAAAUCAGGUUGUUUGAGUGCCAUCUCGCAUAUUGAUAGACAAUCUUGGUUACCAAGCGAUUUCUCUGCAAAAGAAUCUACAUACAGCAAUAAAGUGGAUUUAAGCAAACCAUUGGUAUUACUUUCCUGUUUUCUAAGUGAUUGCAUUGAUCUGCUGUGUGUUAGUUUGGAAAGGAGAGUGCACAAAAUUAUAUCACCAUCAGUUGGAUCUCAAGUAAGUAAUUCAAACAGUAGCAAAACCACUCAAAAACCAAGAAUCGGUUUUUUUAUUAUUAUGAACUUAAGUUUAGUGGAGCAGAUUAUUGAAAAAUCUGAGUUAAGCAGCAUGCUGGGAACAGAGGGUUCUGCGAGGUUGGAAAAAUUGAAAAAGCGUUAUAUUAACUACUUAGUUUCCGACUGGAAAGACUUAGCUGCAAAUUUAUUGGAUCAAGUGUUUGUAGAUAAUACAGGUAAGGUUGCCUCAAAAGACAAAGAUCAACUAAAAGAAAAAUUUAGAAAAUUUAACGAGGGGUUUGAAGAAUUAGUAACAAAGUACAAACACUAUUCCUUAUCAGAUCCAUCUUUAAAAAAUCUCUUAAGAUCUGAAAUUACAUCGUUGGUGUUACCAAUGUAUGAACGUUUUUAUGGUAGGUAUAAUGAAUCUUUUAAGAACCCAAGAAAACAUAUAAAAUAUACACCUUCUGAAUUAACUGCCAUUUUAAAUCAAUUAGGAAAAUAA